AUGUCGAACCAGCAGUUCUAUCUCUUGGGCGAGGCGACCCCCUCCGCCAAGCACAUCACAAUUGAUGCAUCGGCGAACCUGGAUCAACUGAAGCACACGGUGGCUGCUUAUUUUGCCAUUGUGGAACCCACUGAGAUCGGCUUCCAAACCGACAUGGAGUGUCUCGUCGAUGUCAGCGAUGUCCUCGCGGCUACCGGACCCGUAGCCAUUACGAUCAAUGGCCAAGCAGUACGAGACCCCGACGGUCCCAAAGGCCUCCCUUACGUGGGCAAUUAUUUUGAGGUUUAUCCAGACCAUCUGGGUAAUCACCAGCGGCUCUAUAGCCAGUAUGGCCGGAUCUUCAAAACCACCAACCUGGGCCGUACCACAUACCAUACCAAUGAUCCGCAAAUCGCCGCCAUCGUCUUCGCCGAGUCGGACUUUUUCUCUAAAAAGAUCAACGAAGCCCAUCCACUUCAUGCCUUGAAAACCCCCUCUGCGGGGGUCUUUCUGGGAGAUACCGACACCCCGGAAUGGCGCGUGGCCCAUAAAUUCUUGCCCCCAGCCCUUGGUCCGAAGGCCGUGCGGCAUUAUGCUCCGACGAUGCAGCGCACCGUGGAAGACGCGUUCAAAGUGUUUGACGCGCUGGAUGAACAAGGCUCCGCCUUCAAUGUGUACCAGUACAUGUUGAAGCUUGGAUCCCAGGCGGUGGGCAAACUCACGCUGGGACUGGAUAUGGAGCAUUUCACCUCCCCCGAUGCUCCCGUGCACGAGAUGGUUCACUCCAUUGCGGAAAUGCUGUCCCUCAACAAGAAGGUCACCUCUCGUGGGGACUGGUACGGCAAGCUACCCUUCGGGGAUCCCCAGCGGUUGAGAAACCUGAAAGCGAAACUGGAGGCAAUGGUAGAGCAAUCCAUCAAGGAUGCAGAGCGUGGCGGUGUCACCGACCUGCCUUUACAGGAGGCGGCUUUGCAAGCCUCUAACAUGGUUGACUAUGCCAUCCGUGCCACCGACAACAAGGGGGAAAAGCUGCCGAAAUCGAGUCUGAUCUGGGCGCUGAUUGUGGCCACCGGGGCCGGGUUCACGACCACGAGCUCCCUGCUGUCGUGGUUGAUAUAUGGUCUCGUAACGUAUCCAGGGAUGCAGGAGCGACUGCUGCAGGAGCUGAUCGACAACGGUAUCACGGAAGACACCGAGCUCACAGCCGAGAUCACGGAUCGGUUGGUCUUCCAAGACAAAUACAUCAAAGAGACGAUGCGCCUCACCAAUCCAUCAUUCCAGCCCGGCCGGACCGCCAAAGUCGAUUUGAUCCUGCCGGGGGGCUAUAAGAUCCCCAAGGAUGCGGUUAUUGUGCCGGGUCUGCACCAUAUUCACAACAACCCCGACCUCUGGGAUAAUCCCAGCCGGUUUGAUCCUGACCGGUGGGAUACCCCCCAGGUGAAGGAGAGACACAAGGCGGCUUACAUACCUUUUGCCAUGGGCCCCCGCAUGUGCAUUGGUUUCAAUUUUGCGCUUCAGGAGGUGAAGAUUUUCCUCCCAAAGCUGAUCUACCGCUAUCAGUUCAGCCGGGAAAAUGAUCUCGUGCCCGUGGAGUAUGAUCCAAUGUUCCAACUGAUCCGACCGAAUAAUCUCUGGUCACCACCGCACGACUACCGGAACCGCCCCGUCGCGGUUUUGGGCGCUGGCGUCCUUGGAAGGCGAAUUGGCUGCAUCUGGGCCUCCGCGGGCUACGACGUCCACCUACGCGAUCCGAGCCCGGAGCAACUCACCUCCGGCAUCGCCUACAUCCACGAUCAAGUCUCUUCCUACGCCAGCAAGACGGGCUGCAUCCCAGGCAAAGCACACGGCUUCACCAACCUCGAAGAAGCGGUGGAAUCCGCCUGGCUCAUCAUUGAGGCCGUCCCCGAAAAGCUGUCUCUGAAGAUUGCCACCUUCGCCGAUCUAUCCGCCCUCGCCCCAAAUGAUAGCAUCCUUGCAUCCAACUCUUCUUCCUACAAGACCUCGGAGAUGCUGGACCGGGUUCCGGACGCGGUGAAGCCACGGAUUCUGAACAUGCACUACUACAUGCCGCCGCAGUGCAUGACGGUGGAGUUGAUGACGGACGGCUUCACGCAUGAGGCCAUCUUCCCCUUUAUGGUGGAGCGGUGCCGCGAAGGCGCGACCUCGCCGUAUGUCGCACGCAAACAAUCGACUGGGUUUAUCUUCAAUCGGCUCUGGGCGGCGGUCAAACGAGAGGUGCUGACCAUUCUCUCCGAAGGGGUGUCCAUCCCCGAAGAGAUCGAUGCUAUGUGGGAGGAGAUGUUUAUUCGGGGAAGGACGCUGCCGUGCAGGAUGAUGGAUAACGUUGGCCUCGACACCGUCGCCUUCAUUGAACAGCACUAUAUCCACGAGCGGGGUCUUUCCUCCGAGAGAACCGUAGACUACCUCACCACCAACUACCUCGAGAAAGGUAAGUUGGGCGCCAAAUGCGCCCUGGGCGGGCUCUAUCCCCUGUCUAGCGCAGCCAGCAACAGUGGCAGUGACCCCACCACCCACGAUAGCCGUCUCCUCGUCUUAGACGUCGGACUCGCCUCUUCCACCGCGGCCUCCUCGAUCUCCACCCCUGUCGGACAGAUCCUCUCUCUCGCGGCAGACGGGACCGAUUCCAGAGUGUUGGUUGCCAACCAGCUCCUUCCUGACGGCAUCGCAGUCGAUGCCACGACCAACCGCAUCUUUUGGACCAACAUGGGGGUCCCCGGCCGACAGGAUGGUGCAGUCUACUCCUCAGCUCUAGACGGGAACGACAUCCAGACCGUCCUCGAACCGGGUGCGAUCAACACCCCCAAGCAGCUGACCCUCGACCAGACAGCGCGGAAGCUGUACUUCUCCGACCGCGAGGGCUGCGCAGUCUACCGCUGUAACCUUGACGGGUCGGGUCUGGAGACUCUUGUCUCACGACAGCGAGGGAGACAAGGCAAAGAGGUGACUGACGUACGGGACUGGUGCGUCGGGAUCGCCGUCUCGACUCGCUUCAACCGGUUCUACUGGACACAGAAGGGCGCGCCCAAGAGUGGCAAAGGGCGCAUCUUCUCGGCUGCGAUCCAUGCACCACCGGGGAUUGUGGGCGAGGACGAGGAUGAGGAACUGUGCAUCCUGAGCGGACUGCCGGAGCCGAUUGAUCUGGAAAUCGAUGAGGAGAAAGGCGACCUGUACUGGACGGAUCGCGGGGAGCUGCCUCUGGGCAAUGCACUCUAUCGAGUCAGCUUAGAUGCAAAGGGUCGACCGGUGGGCAAGCCGGAGGUUCUGGCUCGGGGUUUGCAUGAGGCGAUUGGGGUGAGUCUCGAUCGGAAGUCUGGGGAUAUCUUCCUGACGGACCUCGGGGGUGGUGUCUAUCGCUGUGAUCGGGAGGGGAACCGGAAGGAGAUUUUGUAUCAGGAGGAUGGGCGUGCGUUCACGGGGAUUGUUUGCGUUUGA